AACUGUUUUGGAAAGAUUGAAGUAUAAACACUGAAUUGUUUAAUAUUUUAGGAUCCUUGAUGAUCUCAUCAGUGAAGGGUUAAUGAGACAACUUAAGACUGUCAUAAAUCAUGGCACUGCUUCACAAGUGGUAAGGUGGCAAGCUAGAAAGAGUGAUUUUUGUUAUUAAAUAAUGAUAUUGAUGAUCACUAUCUUAACCCCAUAUAGCGACUAUGCUAUUAAUAUUAAAUAUAGUAGAGCAAAUAUGUGCUUCAGUUGUUCACUUUCUGUUAAAAGCAUAAAAUUUGGUAUGAUGAUAGUUUUCAAGGCCCUAAAAAAAAAAGAAUAUGGUGCCAUCGCCAAAAAGUCCGUUAAGUGCGAAAAAUAAGAGUUUUAAAUGGCGGCCAUUUUGAACCGGAAGUGAAAUUAACAUUUUCUUUAAAACGUCUGAAUUUGAGCAACUUGGAUAAGAAAAUGUCAGCAAAUGCCUAAUGCAGCUGUUUUUUUCACACAAAGAGAUAUUAUUUCAACGCAAAUUGUCAAAAAAAGUAUAAUAGAGCUAGACCUGAAGUAAAACUACCAGAGUCGGAACUUUUAAGGAAUGAGCUUAAACUUCUGUUGUGCCUGCUAAUUUUCGUUACUUUAAUAUUUUCUUUAAAUCGAAUGAUACAGUCAAUUUAGUAUUUUCAUCAUAUAUAAUCCAUUACGUACUAAACUUAAGCCUACUUUGGCUAUGAUACAGAAUAUCGAAGAAGAACAGAUGAUAUCUCUUUGACCUAAUGACUUGAUACUUCAUGCAGGCGAGUGCUUGUAAUCGAAAAAAAGAGUUGGGGAUUGCCUUUCACGAUUGUCACUCUUCUGGGCAUAGCCCUUCUUACGAGUGUACUUGACUAGUUCCACCCUCAACUUUGUAAUUUCUAACGGUGGUGUGCAGGAGAGUGGCCACUCUCCUCUAAGGGAUAUCCAGCCCCAAUCUUGCAGAGUAGGAACCGAGAUGCUUGGUACCAGCGUCUGCUGACUCCAUAUGUGGCCAGCAUAGUUCACCGUGCCCUUGAAAUGUUUAAGUAAUGCAGGCCGGGUCAAAGAAACUACUUUUGGCUUCGUCAGUUGACGGUAAAGAACUACUUUUUCUAUCGCAUAAAAUAACAUGUAAGCGAAAACAACUCCGAUUAUUUCUGGAGGUGACCGGAAGUAUUCACCUUGUAACAUCCUGUGAAUGCAUGGAACGGAAGAAGUGCAAGUGCAGCCUUUUUAGUAAAUACGUUGGCAAUCUCGUAGGCUGCAAGGUAGCGUCGAUGGACAUUAGUACCAAGAUAAUCAAGUGAUAGGGAAGCUAACUAGGCUUCAUGGUAGAGAAGCUUCAUGGGUAGUUAGAAUGGAGAUUGGACUCAACGAAAAUGUCUUGGACACAAACAACAUAGAGACUUAAAAGAGGGGCAUCUGCUUUGCGAUAUAGCAUAUUAAACAAUAAAUGCUUUCUAGCGAAUUGACUUCAAAUGAUGCAGGGAAAAGACUGGACAUCUGGCCCUAGACGACAUGCGUUGCUCAAUGUGCAAGGAAUCUAAAAAGCACCUGCUGGUUUCGAUCUUAACAAAAGAACUAGCUUUUUCCAGUUUCUUAGUAUAGUUCCUGAUACAUGUUUACCUCAGAUCUUUGUUCUUGGCGCGACAUAUUUGUCACAUACUAUAUCCAAGAGAAUAUGUUUUGCAUGCUCUAAGGAUUAACGUAAGUGAUGCACAUUCGGAAAACGCUUUUUCCUUGUUUUCUUGCAUGUGGACUUUAACAUGAUAAUCAGUGCUACCCAGUCCAUGAUAAUUAAAUGACAUGGAGGUUACAUUGAAGAUUAGAGAAUAACUCUCACUUCUAUCAAGAGAGGCGCAGCUUCACUUGAUAGUGAAAUACAGCUGAAUUAAACCGCCGCCCGGUUAGCUCCAGGUGGAUAAACACAAGUCUACUGAAUGGGAAGCCGCGGUUUCAAACGCCGGCCGGACCAAUUGUCGAUCAGGAUCUUUAAAUGACGGGCGACAAGUGUUGCCCGAUGUCAUCUGCAAACGGUUAGACUUUCUAGUCUUCUUGGAAUAAAAAAAACUUGUAGGUCCCUGUCUCACAAUCCUUGUUCAAAUAAAAUGCUGUGGGAAGUUAAAGAACCAAGACACUGUUUGUAAAGAGUAAGCUGAGUAGGGGACCCAUUUACCUUCCAAACGGAUUUCCCGGAAGCUUUUUGAAAAUGGUAAACUUUGAAAUGAGCAGACGUUAUCGUGAAAGCAAUUUCAAUCCAAUAUGUAGGUACACAGAGUGUUAUUUAUUCCCUCAAUAACACAAAAUGGUGGAGCUAUUAUGCCUCAAAUUACAGUCAACUCCCGAUAACUCGAACCUUCAAGGGAAAUCGAAAAAAGUUCAAGUUAUCUUGAGUUCUAGUUAUCAGGAGCUCGAAAAAAAUAGCCGAGAGUAAGGUAAAAAACAGUUUUUACUGCACAGUGAACAUUUUAAUCACAUUUAAUUGUAGAAAUGUCAAGUGAAAAUUAAAAGAUACUUCUAGAUUAUAAAUCAGAACGUAACGUAACAAGCCAUAGCCUAAAUAGAGCAUGCGUUUCACUGUUUUGAGAAGUAAAGCUGCUUCACGUUAGCCUGUGACAAUCAAUAUCAAUCUCCACUAGCAAACUAUACUCCUACAACACGUCAAUAGGAAGUCGAAAAUUCAAUGUUUCGGAUGCCAGUAGACGGCUUUUUUCCCGACUUUUUAAGGGCUCAAAACAUGGUUCGAGUUAUCGAGGGUAAAAUUAUAUAGAAAAUGACCUGAGGGGAAACGAAAAUUGGUUCGAGUUAGCGGGAGUGCGAGUUAUCGAGGGUUCGAGUUACAGAAGGUAAAAUUACAGUGAAUGUAUGACGGAAAUCCAGGGAAAAUCGAUUUUGGUUCGAGUUAGCACGAGGUUCGAGUUAGCGAGGGUUCGAGUUAUCGGGAGUACCUUGAAAGCCGCAAAGCAUUCUGCAUUCUAGUUAAUAGUGGAUCAACUCUUUUAACCCUUACAAAUUCUUCAAACUGGUCUCUAUACAUUUCCUUAAAAGGAUAAGUUGAGAGAAUUUGAUAAAAGAUCAAAGCAUUUUCUCUUAGGUGAUAAUUUUAUUAAUUCUAACAACCUAGUCUCUUGACCUUGUAUCAGGGGAUAUUGUGAGUCAGAGGAAAAUUGAUGUUGGUCAAUUAAAGGGUUAAGGCAAGUAAAAAUAAAUAAUCUGUUUUUUGCUAGUUUAAUUUGUUCGUACGUUUGGCCUUUCCUAUACUUAAAAAUGUGAAUCAUUGUUUCACAUUUUUUUUUAAAUUCACUACCAAAAUGAAUUGCUUUGAGUGAGCUACAUUUUCCAUUUUAUCCCCCUUUUACCUCCGGUUCUUUUAUUUAAACCGCUAAUUUGUAACACGGUUGACUUUUUUAUGUGACAUAGAUAUCCUGAAAAACAUAGAACAAACAAUUUUGUCGUCAUUUUGACCUUAACAUGCUAAAUUUCGUGUACUUUCGGUUAGGAGAUGUUUACUUCCGGUCAAAAUGGCAGCCAUUUUAGUAAUACUCCAAAAACUGGUUUAACAGGAAAAAUUUGCGAUGGCACCAUAUCACAUAUUAAUAGCCACGAUUAGUUCAUAUAAUAAACAAUUUCAUCGUCAUUUUGGCUUAAAAAAGUGCUUAAUUUUGUGUACUUUCUGUUAGAUGAUAUUUACUUCCGGUCAAAAUGGCGGCCAGUUAAAUUUUCACUCCAAAAACCAGUUUAACAGGAAAAACUUGCGAUGGUACCAUAUCACAUAUUAAUAGUCAUAAUUAGUUCUGUCAUUCCUGAUAAUUUGGUGCUUUUAACAAAAAGUGAACAAUCCGGUCCCAAAUCUGCACAUAUGCACCCCACUAAUAAGAAGAACAACAAUUAGAUUAUAAUAUGGCUCAAGGGAAACCAGGUGAUCACCACUGGGGGAGACUACCUACCUCAUUUUAGUCUGCAAAUCAGUAUUAGCAGUUGCCUGUGAGAAUAUUAUGACCUAGCUUAAGGAGACAAGGCUAAAUAUAAUAGGAUACAUAACCCUCAAUGACGGGACAUAGAACUCUUCAUCAGAGUAUUAUGUUACCAGUUUUUUAUCUGAUUAUAUUUGAUUACCUUUGAUUAUAUUUACAUAGAUAUUGCACUCCAUAAAUUUUUGGAUUAAAUUAAUUAGUUAUCUCAGGGAAAACUUAUCAGAAUAAAUGAAAUCAGAUCAGUGUGGUGUAUAGCAUUUGUUUCUUGUAUUCUACUAGAAAUCUCCUUCUUACAGCAUCUUGAAUGUUAAAGCCAGUUGUGUUUUGUGUUCAGUUCAGUUCAGUUCAGUUUAUUGUGUUGCCAAAAGUUGUACAAAGAGAAGAAAUUCUACAAUAUUUAAAAAACUAUUGGCAAGGAAGCCUAAGGAAAACCACCCGGCUUAUAAGGAAUGGGCUCCCUCCCAGUUUGAAAACAAAAACGUUCCUUUUCAGUGGAUGGCUUGACUCCAACAGCACGAUAAUAACUGGAUAUUAAUUACAGUUAAAACCCGCGAGUAAGAACCUGAAAAUUAAGAACCUGUUAGCCUAGAAUUUGCCAUUUAUACCCCCUAUAAACAAGAACCCGUUUAGCCUAGAAAAUGAAAAACACGUUCUUAUUUUUUAAAAUCGUGUAAGUGAAAUGCAUCUGCAAAGCUGUGCAAAAAUCCUGUUUGGAGAAAUAGGAACUUGGCAUUGCUGUGAAAAUAAAAGGGCUAAUUUAUUGAUGUAAUUAAAAAAUGGAGUGCAAGAGGUUAAUAUUGUUGUGUAGCAUUUUGUAAUACUGUACAUCAAUAAAACACAGCAAUAAAUCAGCAUAUUAUGCAGUCUUAGGUACAGUGGUAAGCAAACAUAUAAAAAGGAUCCCUCUUUUGAUCUUAGAGGCAGUUUCUCUGUCAACCUCAAAGUUUUUGUUACAGUUAAGGCUAGGCAGCUAAGCAAAAUAUGUAACUGUGUAUGUUAUUUUUCUUGAGGGUGGUGGUGCUGGUGAUGGGGGGGUGGGGAUGAUUGAAAAAUAGGCUGAUUACCAUCUUGUUUUGUAGCUUUUUUUUUUUUACAGAAAUAAGAAUCUAUAUAAGAUUCUACAUAGCCUAAAAUUGUGGUAACUACCAUUUAAAUUAGAAUCUGUUUAGGCUAACUCCAGAAAAGGUCAGUUCAUACGCGCAGGUUUUUACUGCAUAGUGCAACUACUGUAACCAGAGCCACUUAGACAAAGUUGACCAAUGGGAUUACAGGAAAAUAACAAUACAUUCCAAGAAAGUUGGUCAUGGGCCAAUCAGCCACUCGUUAAAAAACAAAGUGUUUCUUAAAGGACAAAAUUUAAAUUAUUGACAGCAAAAUAAUGUUUUUCAAGAGGGCAAAAUGUUUCACCAAAAAACGUUUUUCUAUUCAAAACUUUAUGUAAAUUUUAACACCCAGGAGACAUUUUUGUUUGGCACAAACUGUUAUUUUAUCAUCUACCAGCAAUUUCAUCACUACCAGCCACGCUUUGCAUUAACAUCAUGACCUCAAGUAGAAAAUUAACUAACAUUUACAUUGUUUGUCUGCAUCAUUCAAUCUAUCGGACCUCUCAGGAAACUUGAGCCUUCUUCAGCAGGUUCAAAAGGUCACAUAGGCUGUAAUUGGUUGAUUUCAAUUCAUGUUGGUUAUUUCGAUUAAGAUUGACAACUAACUUUCUCGGAAUGUAUAUUGUUUUCCCGUAAUCUGAUUGGUCAACUUUGUCUAGGUGGCCUCGGUUAUAGUAUGCACACUGUGAUACAUAGCAUUACUUUUAAUUGUAGGCAGAACUUUACUUGCACCCAUCUGUUAGUAAUGGUGAUUCAGCAGUGUUAAAAGCCUUGGAACAGUGCCGUGCUCGGCUAAGAGAUGAAUCAUUCAGAAUGGCAGAGGUCAGUCACAGUUUUUUGUCAUCAAAGGUUAUGGAAAGUUUCAAUAGUUUACACUUUCAAUAGUUUACACUUGUAAUAUAAAAAUAAUAAAAAAGUAGUAUACAAAAUUAAUCAUUUGCACUGGUAAUAAUACAUAUGAAAAAAGACAAACAUCACGUUCCUGUAGAGAGGAUUGUAAAUUAGACUACUUGCAGUCCGUCUUUUCUCUUAAAAUCCCUCUAGUUCUUAUCUCAUGCAGCGCGAUUGCAAACCAAGACGUUAUUAUUACAAUUGAGAUGAGACAAGAAAAGACGGACUGCUGACUCUUUUGUAGUAAACAAACCCUCCAUCAGCCCAGAAACGGAGUAACCGAUUGGUCAAUUGCACAGCUGUUGACAGAGCAUUAACUGGUCUGUGGUGAGAUUGCAAGCAAUAAAAUAUAGUCACGUGUUACAACCAACUGCAAACAAUAGUGAACCACGCAGUAAUCUCAGUAAUAAAACUUUUAAGGAUAUCUUACAGAAGGAAACUGCUGUAAAUUUCCUCAAGAGAAACGAAUUCUACCGGAUUUAAAGAAAGUGUAAUUUUUUCAGUUGUUUAUGUUCGAUUUAUAAAUCGUUUCGAGUUACUCGGGUUUAACUGAUUAAUUAAAUUACCUUGACAGCUUCGUUGUCCCCAGACAGAACAAAAGAGUCAGCAGUCUCUUAUUUUUUCUUCUCGGGCUUAUGCCCUCGUUUCUCACGGCUCGCGUGCUUAGGUUUUGCCUGCAGUAACUUUGCAAAGAAAAACAAGAGACUGCUCGCAGUCUAGUUUUAAAUCUAAAAAAAAGGAAUAAAUUUUGUAUCAUUGGAAGUCAACUGAUGUUAUGUAAACUCAAGAAAUGCAGACCACUUAUAUGGACACCAAAGGAAUAGAUCCAAGUGUGUGUCCAGUUUACAGAGUAACAUGUCCUUAGGGCGGAGGUACACAGUUUGAUAUCUUUGAGGACAAAACUGGCUGCCCAUAAAAAAGAGUCUGCACGCAUGAUGUCAGCCUAAUGGAGGUUUCUUCUGUAGAGGUUACACUUCUCAGCUAUUACUAGCCAUUUUUUUAGUUCUUGCUUUCUCUUAGACAUCUUAGUUAUGCAGACACUUGAGCUUGUCCUUGAGAUGUCUCUCUGGGAAGUGUUACUGUACUUUUUCUCUACUGUGUAUUACCAUUGAUAUUAUUUCCUAUCAUUAUACUGACUGACAUAUGCAUGACAUAUACUGUUACUUACCUUCUUGUUAAAUUCAACAAAUAGAGAGAAGAAAAAGCAAGGCAAAAUGAAGAGAGAAAACGUGAACAACAGUUAAGAGCAGCGAAAGCAGCUGAGGAAAAAGAGAAAAAGAAAGCUGAAAAGGAGGAAAGGGAAGUUCAAAAGAAAAUAGCACAGAAACGUGAGAAGGUACAGAUCAAAGGAAGUAUUUUUUUUUUAAGUAGCCUGGUAGCUAUGUGAUAAAGUUUCUGUAACUUUUCAUGUGGACAAAAUUAAUCUUUUUCAGGUUCCUUCUUUUAAGUAUGGCUUUCUCCCACGAUAUCCCAGAAUUCAAAUUCUGCAUGAACUGAUAUGGAAACUUGUUUAUGGUAAUGGUACUAACCAAAAGAUGUCAAGUACAGUUGAAAAUAGUCAAGUGGAAGGAAACUUUAGUGAAAAUGAUGAGUGCUUGAAGAACCUAAAACCCAUGGAAAAAGUGCUUGAUGAAUACGGCAAGCCUCUCCAGGGCUGGUUUCGUUUUUGUGAUGUUUUUUCAGUGAUGCCUUUGGUGAUAAUUUGCAAAACAGUUGACAUCACUGACGAAGUAGGUGUAGGUAAUCUUGUCAUUUAUUAUUCAUUUGUUGCACAAAAGACUUGUGUUUCUGGGCACAGUAUUUGGGGCCCCUGCAGUGAGUACUCCUUCAACUCCUGGCUCAAAAUAAUGGCUGGUCAAUGGACAAUGUCCAGACAGAAUCAUGGUAACUUGUCCAGCUCAAAACUUUACUUGCUGUUCAUGUUGACUGAUCAUGCUCUUUAUCAUUCUUGAACAAACAGUCAAAUCCAUACCUGUAAAUCUUGGUUUUUUUUGUCUCUUUGUAAAAAUAAAAAUAGAAAAUUACACAAGGAUUAGUUAACGUUUUUUGCCAAUGUUUUGACCGGUCAGAAACAAGCCUUGACCAAGCAAAAACUUCUUUGGUUGGUCAUUGUGUCCGGCCUUCAGCCAAAAAAUUAUUUUGAGCCCUUCAACGUGAUUUAUUUACUCUAUUUCAUUCAUAUGGGAAAACUCCAACUGCAAUGCAGUGAACAUUUUAUUUGAGAAUCUACAGCAAUUGAUAAAAAAUACUGGAAGUUACACAAACCAUCAAGUAGCCUUUUGCCAAUAUACAGAGGCCUGGCAACACAAUACUGCUGCUGCUGCUAUGGACUUUUGUGUGCUGAUCUCUCAAGGAUAGCUGGUGAUCAAUCACUUCUAAUGAAAGGGCUGAAAAGUACAAGGUUGUGAGAAAAUGCUCAAUUGAAACUGUUUAAUUGCCUUUGUGCAUUUUUGAUGUCAUAUGUCCAUUAUUAACGCUUUCUUUUAAUUUAAUGUGCUAAAGUAGAGACUGAUGAGGUGAAAAGCUUCCCACUUCAUCAACAUACCCCCCCCCCACCCCCCAUAGCCUCUCUCGUAACAUGUAUGCAUGCUGAUCAUUCAGUUUUAUGAGCUGCUUUCCGCCCUUAGAUUGAAGGUUUUGAUGAAUAUGUGCUUGAUCCUGUAAAGAAGUACACUCUUCUUUGUGAUCUUCCGCUGCCCCUUAGAAGCAGAAUUACUGAACAUAGGUAAGCCAGUAAGAUAAUAUUUUAACAGUCAUCUGAACUGAGGCCCCAUUGAAGGAAUAAGCAUUAUAUAAUACGGAUUUUUUGCAGAAACUACUAAACAGACAACUACUGGACUGUAAAGCUAAUGUCUUGUUUUGUUUUCCAUUUUGUAGGAAAGUAAAAUCAGCUCCACUGGAUUUACUGGUUGUAAUGGCUCAGAUGGGUUUAAUUACCCCUUCUCUACCAUUUCCAGUCUCUCACAGAGAUGUAUGUAAUGAUUACGAUUGUUUCAGCACUUUAGUAUUUAAAGACAAAAUCCUUCAUUUUCAUUUCAGUGUUGCAAUAAUUACAAUCUAAAUGUAAACACAGUUUCUGUUGUUCUACCAAACUUUCGUUGUGUUGUGGGUUUUUAUCUUCUUUCAGAUAAAGCUGUUUUUAAACAAAGGUGUUAAACUGCUGGACACAUCAGUAUCUCAGCCUGGCUGGUACACUGCUCGCCCACCAGAUGGUAUGACAUCUUUUGCUGUACGUACCCAUAUGUUCACAAGCAUGGCUGCUCUUCGGAGUUAUUGGAGUGACCUAAAAUGUGUCUGUCUCAACACUCCUUUGGGUAAGUGGAAAAGAUAUUGAUUACAAAUUAAUCAUUUAAGGCUUUCAAACAGCAGUGUGGAUUAAUUCUUGCCCCCUCCCUCCACGUCCUGCCCACCUCAUUCGAGUUAAAAUGAUUUGAUUUGAUUUUUAUUUAAUGGCUGUUUUCUUUGCAUUUGUAUCCUUCCCUGUUUUCUAGCAUCAAACCUCGAGUCUUCAACUUUUUUAGGUUCAGUCAGUUUCACUUGAAAGUAACCAGUUGAUAUAAAUUAAAUUCCAGUUGAGACAAACAACUUUUCUGUAUACUCUGUAUACUACAGUCAAUUUGUUCGUUCGUACAUUAACAUUUUCAGGAGUAGCUCGUAAUCUGGAAGAGAAAGACAUUGAAGGUCGUAGAAAUACAAAACUAGUUUCCCUUGCUAAGAAGGAGGUCGAUGAAAACAGGGUUGAUCUUCCACCUGGAGACCAACUUGGUGCCGGAGGGCUUGACCGUCGUCUGUUUGCCUACUUACCAAAGAACUGGGCACGGCUUGUCACCUCUCUUGCACUGCAGAAAGGAGUCCAAGAGAAAGAAAGGUCAGUUCAUUGAUAAGUUUGCCUGUUGUAUAAAAUAGCGUUCAAGUUUAAGUUGGUUUAUUUUUAAUUCGACAGUGUGCUGCACUUAACUUUGCACCCCUCGAAAAGUUUAAUCCAAACCAAAUUUGAGUCUUACGUGACACUGAAGUAACUUAAUCUCUGGCACUUUUGGUAUACUGUUGACCCAGUGUUGAUACAUUUCUAUAUAUAUAUAUAAUUAGGACGUCAUUACCGGCACCAUCCGUCAUCCCUGUAGCAAAGACAGGUGUGGAUAACACAAAUAAGUCUGGCAGUAUUCGCGGUCCUGACCAGGGGAAGAAAAAGUCGUUUUUGAGCCUGGGAAGAGCAGAGAUGAAGAAAAAGGCAAAGCAGCAGAAAAAGAAAGUUUCGCGUAAACGAAAAGCCGAAGGUAGGUUGAUUUAGACUGUACUGACAUGCUUACAACGUAUUUAUUCCUUUGACACAUAAAGGAACAAAAUGUUAAGUUGCUUCUGUGCAUUAUAAUGAACAAAGAUGUAGUUAGCCUGUAAUUAAAAUGACUUAUCGUGUUGUACCUACCUACCUACACAGGCAAGCAAGUCAGGCAACGUGUAAUCUAGAUAAAUAGGUUCUUGUGCGAAAUAAUAGUUUUUUACAGUCAUAUAAUAUUAAUAUGAAUGUCCACAUCUUGAAGGUCACUGUGUUUUUUUUAUAAUUGCAGAUGCACAAAAAUCUGAAGGAGUGAAAAAAAUCCGAACUAAUAAAGCGAAAACGUCUGAGAAAAAGAAAGAUCGUAACACACAUGUCAGUAAGUAUAAAGCAUAGUAACUUAAUUUCGUCCACGGAACAAAAAGGGCUUAAUGGUGUCUUAAACUUAGAAUAAUCGCAAAUUGUAUCUUAUGUUUGCAAGAAAAUGAUGCAAUGAACGAAGUAUGAAAAUUGAUUUAUUUUUCACUUACAUGUAGUGAGGUAAGAGAGUAAGUGCAAAGCGAAUUUCAGUUGACUGCAGACUUUGUAUCAGUUAUGUUUCAAUAUACACUCCAUAUUGCCUCAGUUCUGGACUCGCAGCAUUCUAGUAUCAGUUCUCAGAGUAAGAUAUCUCACCAAAGCUGUGUGUGUGUCGCUGUUUAAAGAAAAGAGGGUCAUUUUUUCUUUGUCUUGUUUUUCUCUUUUUGUACCUUCACUAGCUGCUGUUGAUGAAGAAGACAAGAAUAUUUUGGCAAGGAAAACUUGUGAAAGAAUCCAGUUUUCAGCCGAGGAGGACAGUUGGGUAAAUUAACGUUUUCACCUCAUAUAUAAUAAUCUUUAAAAAGAAUAUUACAAAUUUGGGCUUCCACAAAAAUUAAGUACAAACAACGGCAAUUUGCACAUUACUACAAAGAAGGUAUAAAACGGAACUAAAAAUUCGACAUCAUCAUUGCCGGGUUACCAACCCUAAGGCCGGUCAACCAUUAUAGCGUACCUCUGCCGGCGCGAAGGUAGACACACCACGAGUCAUUAAUCAACACCGCUGAGAAAAGGGCAGCUAAACUCAUUCAAAAUGGGACACUUUGGUAUGGAACUGUUAAGGUUAGCACCUUGCAUAACUCAGGUACAGGCGACACUUCGUUAUUGUAAACAUUCUCAGCCGAGAAACCAUCUUCAAUCAUGCAACUCUUUCUUAGCAAAUUCAAAACGUACACACGAAUGCCGUGUCUCAAACGUAUGUGAAUUUCACACGAAUGAUUCCUUUAUAGUCUGAUAUGAUUUUCCCUUUCGUUUUUGAUGAUAUGUAGUUACUGCUGUUCCAUAUUGCUCUUGGUAUCAUGAAGAAAGAAUCGACUGGUUUUGGUCCAUCUGUUUAUAUGAGAAACAUUUUACACAAACAGUGUGCGGUAGGUAAAUAUGAGAAGACAAGGUGUGUCAUUCUUAAAUCGGAGGCGCCACCGGCUGCUACUGUCAGUUAGACUUUUGCUUACCUAAUUGACGUACAUUCCCUUCCCUGCCCUUCGAAGUGACUAUAACAAAGGAUGAACGGAACAGACGGACGGAGUAAAAAGGUUAUGUUAAGGUCUACGCUAUACCGGAUAACUUAUCAUGCCGGCAUACUAUGAACACUUGUUCAAACUGCGCUGCGCUCACCUAUCCCGGCGAUAUGUGACGCCGAUCCACUUUUAAGAUGGGCGCGGCGCAGCCUCGCUCUGUUACAAAAUCCGAGCCGCAAUCUCUGUUAUAAUCAUGAAGCCCAGUCAUCCGAAAUGGUUUUCUUAUCGGUGCAAAAGCUCAGUAUCCGGUAUAGUGUAGAGGUAGCCUAACUGAUUUUUGAGGCGCACAUGUUAUCCUAGUAUCCUUGACGGCAUGUUAAUAACUGAUUUGAAAAUUUACAAUUGUUGUAUUUUCCACUAAGUAAGUUCAAUAAUUCAGUACCAGCCAUCGUUGGUCUAACAGUAGGAAAUGGUUCGGUAAUCUCCCGUGACUUGCAAGUUGGUGCGUGUUUUCCUUUUGACGUAGAUGUAAUUCCAUUGCAAAAAAAAAGAAAGAAAAACGUUUUUACCUAUACCCUAACCAUUCAGAUCAAAUGUCGUAUUUUAAGUGCUGUGAAUUUCUAGUUUAGUAACUUGAAAACAUAAGGGACAUGGGAUGUUCAAAAGGCAAAAUACAAGAUCACUAAUAGAAGGAAUUUAAGAGUGUUAAAUUUGGAGAUUUUUCGAUCUUGUCUCACUCUAUGAGGCUACCAAACAUGUGCCAUUUACCUGGUGCAAGGACCAGUCAGUUAUUCAACCUAAUUUUAUCUUUGUUGUUUUGUAGGCAAGUUUUGAUAAAACAGCUCCCAAUAUUCACCGCAGGAUUUUGAAACUGAUGAAGUAUCCUCAGUCGCAAAUGACUGUUAAAGUUUGUUCUGUGGAAUGUGCUCAUGAUAAGGUGCGCCUCCGGAAUGUAUUACAGUAUUUCUAUUUAUAUGCUCAACUGAGAUUACGAGUCGUUUCGGGGCGUCUGAAAAUGCAACUUAGCCGGCAGUUGGUAAAAUAAACGUCAAUGGCACACCAUAAAAAAAGUAUUUUUGAGCUUUUUUGUCAUUGAUGGGAUGUUGUUUCUGGCUUAAAACGUUAAACUUAGUACCAGGUGAAACAGCAUCUAUAUGUUGAUUUUUUUCUUUACUGAUUAAUCGCCAUUGUCUUACUCAAAAUGUUCUGGAACUGUUCAUACGUUUUCAAGUUACAGUCUUGUUUGUUUUUCUCUUCCAGCACAAUAUUGUCUUAUCACUCUCAUGCGAUGUGUUUUGCUUCUCUUCUACAGUCAUUCCAAGGAUUUGACGAUCCAAAUGCUGAUUUUGAAAAGACAUUUAAAGAAGUAGUUAAGAGGUUAAGGCAGAAGUUCAGGUUAGUUUGUUACCUUCCAGGUUCCGCAAUAUACUAUUCAGUUGUUCAGUCUAGCUGUGCAGGCACACUUCAGUAGCACCGACUUUUUUCGUAUGAAUAUCGCAAUCUCUCAAGAUCUCUCGUGUGUGGCUAAAUAAUUUCCCCGCCUUUAUGUUACUCAAUAAUGCAACUGGCUCACAUUUUUAGAGACCUGUAGCUACAUUUUCUUUAGUAAACAAUUUCAUGGUAAAUAAUCUACCAAAAGAGUUUUAAAAAUCUCUGCCAUACGUUCUACAACAAUCUCUUCCCACUAAAGAAAUAAUUUUAAAAAAAGUCAUUUGAUCAAAUUCUUCGUACUUAUGGUUCCUUUUUCCUUCCUUUUUUUUUUUUUUUUUUUUUUCCCUUUUAAAGCACUUUCAUUUUUUUUUGGGGUGGGGGUGGCACUUUUUUUUCGUUCAUAAAAAAGCUUCAAUACAACUACAAAAUUAAACCCACGGUUUUUAAGGAUGAAAGUUUUAAUCUUUGUUUUAGAUAGAGAGUAAGAUAAAACAAAGAAUUUUUUUUCAAUUCAUUUGAUCAAAUUCUUCGUACUUAUGGUUCCUUUUUCCUUCCUUUUUUUUUUUUUUUUUUUUUCGCCUGUUACCGCACUUCAUGUUUUUCUUGGGAUGUGGUUGGCACGUUAGUUGCGUCGAUAAAAAAGCUUUUUUAAAACUAAAAGGUUAAACCCCUGGUUUUCAAGGUUGAAAAGAUUACUUUUGGUUUUAGUUGAAGGUUAAAUAUAACCAAUAAAGGUUUUUUGUUCAAUUUUUUCGUUUUUAUUGUUCCUUUUUUUUUCUUUUUUUUUUUUUUUUGCUCGCCUGAUACAGCACUUCAAGUUUGUCUUGGGAUGGAGAUGGCACGUUAGUUGCGUCGAUAAAAGAGCUUCAUGACAACUACAAAGUUAAACCACUGGUUUCUAAGGAUGUAAGUAUUACUCUUGGAUUUAGCUGAAGAGUAAGAUAAACCAAUGAAUGUAUUUUCAAGGAAAACAGUUGUUGUCAAAUUUAGUUAUAAAUGUAAUGUGCCACUUGUUGACAAAUUUAAACCAAUUUAGUGACCACCUCGUUUCCAAAGGAUCAUUUAGCUUUCAGGUUUUGACCAUUCUCGUAUCCCGAGGCCGCCAUCCUUUUGAUCAUGAUUCGAGUUGCGUUUACGUUGCUGACCAAAAGAAAGGCGAGCUCUGUGAACAAGAGUUUUUCUUUUACUGAGUCUGGUGCGCGUGCCCAGUUUUAUACCCACAUCCAAUCAUCAAUUGACGAGCGGCUUGUGGUGGAACUAAGCCUUAUUUGCUUGUUUUGUUUCAGGAAUGUCUGUCAAUGAGUUCUGUGAUCAAGACUGUCAGUGAUAUUAAUAAAGCAGCUCUGAGGGAUCAGAUACAGGUUUGUAAACUAAGGCUGUUGUCCGCCAAAUAGAGCGCUCAUUUUCCUCUUUGUUUUCCCUUCUAGGUCUUUGGUUUCGGGUGGUAGGUUUUUGUUUUUGAUUUUAUAGACACCCAUUUUUGUGCAUAUAACUACUUGUUAUCUGUCUGCAGGUCGUGGCAUUUCAGAUGGUUUAAAUUGUGCCCCUAAAAAGGAAAGAGGCGGAAGUGCUGCUAAUCAACGUGCUUGAUUUGUUCUCUACAGAUUGCUUUAACAACACCCCGAGAAAUAUACGAUGCUUACAGAGUGUUCCAAAUGUUUAACUCUUUUACUAAGGUAAGCUUCUUUGUUAUUUUUCAGUCGCUGUCGGUGUAUACUAUUGAUCACUUUCACGGCUCUUAUUUGGGUUGUUCCUAUCCGUUCUAUUUCGCCCUGUUACAUGGUGCAUCUACUAAAUCCUGGUUUAUCUUGCUGCUGCUCUUGGCGUAUCUGGCGUUUAAAUGUGAAGCUACGGUAAUGGAGUCCAGACAGACGGCCUCAAGGCCCAAGGGCCCGGAUAAUUCGUUCAAAAAAUGCCCUGCAUCUCCUCCCGCUCCCGCUACCCCUUGGGCUGGAUCUGCCACUGCAUGGUGUCAUAUGAAUUAACAAAGCAUUAAAAAAAGCAAUAAUAAUAAUAGUACUAAUGAAGCUGGUGCAUUUUUAGGUCCAUUUAAUGGCUCAUAGUUUUUGUCGUUAUGACUUUGCUUGCUAGCUAUGUUACACUCAUCUCGUUACACUGAUUGGUUUAACCCAGGCUACUGUUGCCUACCUAUAACAUGCAAUUAAAACUGUAACACCGAGUUAUUCCUCCUUCACGUUUCAGGUUAUGAUAAAUUUAAGGUUGCCUUUUCUUCCAACAGCACUGUAAUUUUCAAAGUAGCUCACAAACGUAAUCCGUGCAUGUUAUUCCUUAGGAAGAACUUACUGAUGUGUUUAAAGAGAUGCAGAAAAACAACCUGGUCAGGAGAAGGGUAGGUUCAGUUUCUAAGUGCAAGAGUCACGCUUCCCUAACGGGUUUUCCGUUCAACAUUCAAUCCUUUUUUGCGUUCUUUUUUGGUUAUGUUUGCUUAUCGGAGAUGAAACGAGGGUUAAGUUUUAGUUACAAUACAGUUUUACCUUCCAAAGCCUAUUACAAGUUGUUGGACAGGAUAAGUGCUGGUGAGAUGAUGACCCUGAGUAUGUUGUUGUCAUGAAGGUUUGAAUGAAUAAUUAAAUGAAUGAUUUAUUUAAUGUCGAAGACGUGGGAAGUGUUUGCACAAUCUUCCGAGCCAGAGGCUCAUGUUAAAAACGCUCGACAAACUAAAAAAUACAAAACAAUAAAAAUGUGAAUUAUGCAUAUACAGAUAUUAAGAAAAACCUAAAAACAUCGUAAUUUUGGGAAAAUUUUUUAAGAAACUAUUUUCUGGAAAAAAAAAACUAAAAAAAACCUAAGAACAUGCAUUAAAAAUAGUUUAAAACGGACUAAUCUUUAUAAACUGAUUAAAAUAUUAAAAAGUAUAAUUAAAAUGAAAUGACGAAAUUCAAACUGAUCAUCAAAAAGUAUAAUUAGAUAUGAUUAUAUAUCUACAAACUAGCCCAAGAGUAUGUAAAAAUGUAAACAUAGAUAAAGUUAUAUACAGUUCAUACACUGGCACCCUGUGAAAUUGACAUUAUUCAUCUCUGACGCACUGUAUGUAUUGUUUGUUUCUCGCUAUUCCUGUACAGAAAACAAUCGAGGAUCCUCAGAGCAGCAGUCAGUUUUCUAGGUCCCUACCUUUUGCUUCAAUGACUUACCAGCUCAGUCCUCUGUAAGUUGCUCUCGGCUGUUUCUUGUUUUUUGUGUUACUAUAAACGAGAACAUGAGCCGUCUAUUGUCAACAAGAACAGAUUACUGCAGAAUACAUCAGUACACAAAGUGUUCCCUGGCGCGUACAGGGGGAACCUGAACGGAUUUACACAUUACACCAUCUGUCUGCAAAGUUCUCUAACAACCAAAAAAAAAGGAACUCUUAUUUCUCGAGAGAAAACAGUUAAUAUGGGUUCAUUUACAUUUUGAUAAGGUUAAGUAGGACGAUGUAUGUCACACUUAAUACCUAGAGAGCCUGCCAUAAUACAUUUGACCAGAAAUCAUCAUUGUUUUGCAAUUUACAACUGUUCUACUCAGGUAUCACCGUCUGUUCUUACAAGCUUUCAAGUUGGUUACAUUGCACAAAGAUUGUGCAAAGUUCUGGACUCGGCUUGUGAAAGGAGAGCAACAGCUAGCACAGCCUAGCUGCCCAGGCUCCUUAGAAGUCAACUCUAAGAAUACUUGUGGUGGAGACGUGGCUUGUUUUCUCUCUCUUCUGGCAACAAACAAGGUCAGGAAAUGUUUUGAUACCUGAAAGGAUUUAUCUCCAAAUCAUCACUUAUUGUUCGCUUCUUAAAAUAUCAAACUAAUCUCAAAAGGAGUAGUGGGCCUUGCCUCUUUGAAUAUGUGAUGUGCACCAGCACAGCACAGAACUUCAUGUUUGCAUAGCUGAGGCUUUAGUGAUUGGGCCGGGCGCGAUCAGACAGCCUUAGGAGUUAAUGAAGAUUCAAGUGAUAUCGGUAUAACGCAGUAAUGUGCUGAUGACAUACGUUGAAAUGAUGAAUAGGAAACAUAUAUAGAACGUUUUUUUAUGUGUAUUUCACGUACGAUCCAAGAAUGUAGAAUGGUUCAAUGGCAAACGUAUUAGAUAACUUGGGAUUUUUUAUUUUGCUUUUCGGUUUUAACAAAUCAUCAUUGAUAAGAACAGAUUUUUAUCUAAUUUAAACUCAGGUGUAUGUUGAGAUGAACAUUCCUGAUACCAUCCUCAACAUGGAUGCGUCAGGAUGUAACACUAAUGUACAGCAACAAGCAGAUGAGGACACAGUUGAAGUGAGUACGCCCAGCAUUAUAACACUUGUCGCUUAUUCGUAACUUUUCUCUUAGCAGUUGUGUUUGCCACAGCUUUUCACUCAGGGUGAUAAAAUUUUUUUUUAUUGAAGACAAGAACAUCAUUUUCCUAUUUGUAAUUGUGUUUAAUAUUACUUCAUUGCCAGGUACCAGCUGAGGUGACCAAUAGGGAGAAUGGCGAUGUAUCACUGCAGAAGAGAAAUAACACAGGUCCUUGUCAAGUACCUAAACAAAAUAAACCAGGUGCUGAUCAUGUGUCUCCAUCCACUGUCACCUCACCACAGAGUGGGGAGACUGGGGAGAGCGGGGAGAGUGGUGGAACAUCUCAGUCAACUUCAUCAGUGAUGAAUAAAGGCCCGGAUUCAGUAACUCAGUCGUAUGUUAUCACAGAAUCCCCCGAAAGAACUGACUCUGGUCCAUCAACACCAGUGAAGGAAAAACCAGAUAAACGUAAACUUUUAACCUUGAGUGUACCUUCUUCAACAGUGGCAAGAUUCACCAGUCCUUACGAUCUUGCAUCUGCGAAGGAAAGUGGUGACUUUCUGAAAAGUUGCCCUGAGACUUGUGACGAGGAACCCAACACUUCUGAAGUCAGAAAAGUAACUACGGUUCCAGUCGCAUCUCUAACAUACAACAGCUUCACAUCCCGAUCAUCUAGAACAGCCCUAAUGUUAGCAAGGGGCGGUAAGGAUCCCUAUGUAUCUAUUAACCAGCUGCCAGCUAGGCCUUUCAAUACACACGACUUUAUGACUUUAUAUCACAUCAAAAAUGUUGUUAGAUUAAAAGAUGACAGUGAUGGAAAAGUGCAAAAUGAAGCUGACGCAGACAGAAUUACAAGUUCUGAUAAAGAGCCUGGACCAGGAGUUAGAGUAACAUCAAGCAAAGUGACAAGUUUAGGGAAAACAGCUCCUUUCAGUCAAGACGCAGUUAAUGAUGCUGUCACUUCACCUGUUAUUGUCACCAAGAGUGAAUCAAUAGAAGAGUAUUUGCUUCGGAUGAAAACGGAGUUGGUUUUUAGUGAAGUGGAUACUACUUUGUCCAGAGAUAUUCACCAUCUUGUUGACGAGCGCAGAGAGUUUGGUUUUCCUGUGGUUCAGUUACAGGUAGGUCAUUAGGACCUGAGGCAUGAUUGCGAAGUUCAGACUCAGUUCAGUCUCGCUGAACAUCAAAAGCUGUUUUUUAAUUAACUGACCUUGAUUUGUUUGAUGUUGUAGGAAAAAUUCUAUAAGAGCCAUGAGCAAGACUUAAAAGCAUCACAGUACUCACUAGAUGAACAUGUACAGUUCUUGUGUGCAGCUAAACAGGUACCUGAACCACUAGACUUACUGAAACGUGGAUGAAAAAAAUUCUUGCUAAUAGCGUCUUCACAGGCUUCCGAGCCAUGAGGCUCAUCUUAAAAACUUUCGACACGCUAAUGUUAUACGGAAACUAUGGUACAUAAAAGUGAACGUAUACAAAUCAUCCUGUAAUCAUUUUUAAAAAUCUUUGCCAUAUUUCAGAUGUACAAAGUCGGCUUUUAUGAGAUUUGUCUGGUUACUUCAAGCUUCGUGAAGCCGUGGUGUGUAACGUUACUCAAGGUACAAUUUUUUAACGUUAUUUUCUGCUUUCUUCCUUGCUUUUUUGUAACCCUCCAACUUUUUCCGUCCUUCCGUUUCGGUGCCACAAAUGGCUUGAAGAAUUUAGUCUACCGGCAGUUUCCGGCAGUGAAUCGGACAAAUAUUCAGUGUUUUCAGGCAAAUCGCUCAUUGCUGCUGCAGUAAAAAAUGUCCAAAACCAUUAAGCACUACCAAUCCAAUCAUCUUCCUGAAAAAGAAAAAAAAAACAGCGUACCCGGCAUUGCGUCGCGGCGGCGUCAACUGUGGAUUAUACGGCCGCCUUUUCCUUCUGCUAUCAUUUUCCUAAAAUUGGUAUUUAUAAAUAUGUAAAUGGAACAAAUUUGUUUAAUAAUUAUCGUCUUUAUUUGUAUUUUAUUUAGCCCAAAAGCAGUUCCAAAGAAGCCCCAAGCGUGAUAGAUGUUGAGUCAUCAAACAGCAACAACGAAGAGGCGGGUGAUAUUACGUCAUACGAAGGAAAAACAGAAGUUAUUGGACAGGAUAAUAAUGGUUUGGAAAUAACAGGAAUUAUCACAGAGGAUGCAAACACGUGUGAGAGAGACCAGCCGCCUGCUAAUCCACAACUUAGUACGGAAUGCAGUGCGUCACCUUCAAUUGAUUCGAAAGGAGCAGAUGGAGAUAACGAUGACAAUACAAAAGACGAGAAUGAAACAACCAGUUUGUCCUUUGAUCCAGUGGCUGGUUUAUUAUCCAAACAGACGGAAACGCCAGGCGUGCAAAAGAAGAAAUCCAAAGAUAGGUUAGUAGCAACUAUACAUAUCGAUCAACCCAAGGAUACAGCUCAGUUUAAAUACUCAUUAUUCGAGUCGCUGAACAGUAAACGAAAAAAGCUCGUGGAGAAGAGGUCCAUACAGAUUUUCGUUCGAGGGUUACACAGACACCUUUCACCCAUACCUACAAUAAAAACCUAGUGAAAAGCAUGAAGGAUUCGAUCAUUAGCCGUCGCAGAAGCAACUGGCGAUUAUGAAUGGUUUGAAGAGGAGAAGAAAAUAAGCGCCAGGGCUCGAUAGUACUGCGUAGUUUAGCCAUCGUAUUGGUAGCCACGCCAGACCCCUUUUCCAGCUUUUUGUUUGUUUUUCCAGGCUAUACUGUAGUGAUUUAUACGCAAGACACGGAACGCGUGUUGUGUCGGUGGCUAGUGGUGGGUAUUUACCUCGUAGCUAACGCGGCCUCGGCAAAUAACCACCACUAGCCAUCUCCACUUCGGUGAAUAAUUUUUAUUUAUGUGUGUGAUAUUUAGCCCUUCUGACCUCAUUUGAAAGUAAGAAUUCUUUUGUAUUUUGCAAAUGCUAUCAUACAUAUUUAACAAUUAUUCCACGAGUGCGCGUUGGAUAUGAGAUGGUAGAUACGCGCCUCAUCUCAUAUCCAACAAGCGCGAAUAGACGAGUACAGUUACCACAUUUGCUGAGCACGGUUAUAAUGGCUCAUAUGUCAUGAUGGCUAAGCCAGGCAGAGCUCUAGAAUUGCAUUAUCCAAUGAUUCAGUUUUUAAUAAAAAAGAAUAUAUUAACAGGCGGCCAUUAUAACAGAGGUCUAUACUUGACUGGGAAAAAGCUUGAUAAUUGAUAUUCAAUAUGUUGCAGGAACUUUGACCGCUACUCAGUGGUUUGUCGUCCGUGGAUCACAAUUGAUGGCACCUCAAGUAAGCACUUACUGCGCAUGUUCAGGGAAAUGGUACUUAUGUUAAUUCUGGACAAUCCCGGCAUUCCAGAGGUGAGUGGUAUGAACAGCGUGCAAACAACGGUGGAACUGAUCGGUUCCUAACGUGAAACAUCCGUCUCCUGCACUGAUGCCAUUACUUCAGCAUGAUAAGAUUAUCAUUUCUCCAGGUGCAUUUAUCUCACUGGUUACGUCUGUUGAUUAGACCAAGGAUUCAAUAAUCGAAAGUUGGAAUUUUUCUCUCGUCAGGCUACUGCUCUCUUUAUGAUUCACGGCAAAUCCCUGCGUAGUCCCUAGGCCCCAUUUUUUCCGCGCAGCCUGUGCGUUUCGAAAUGCAUUGACCGAGAAGGCCUGGGAAUACACGGUACAGUUGGGUGGAAGCGGACUGAAGGAGUCACUCGUUUGAAUAUUUUUUGAUAGUACUUGAGAUAUUUGUGUAGUCAUGUCUCGCCUGUUAUUACACUGUAACGAUUUUCCAUUUUGGUUAAUGACUAUCAACUUUUGCGUUGUCGCAUUCCAAUUUUUUUGUUGGCGAUGAUCGAUGUGUAAAAAAUAGAUAGUGAACUGGGGCCCAUUUCUCAAAAGACCCGCUGACUUUUCGGGCCCGAGGGCAAAUUUUAAAAUCAAACCUGUUGAAUAGUAGCACAGUUCCUACCCGACAAACCAGUCAGUUUUGCUUUGUUAACUAAUAGUUUCAUUUAAUCAUUACUCUGCUCUUGAAUGCAAACUUGGUAAACAUUAAACAAGAAACGGACUUUCAAGAAACGGGCCCCUGGUCUCCAAACAUCUCUUAACAUACAAAAAAAUUGAGUUCUGCAAAAUAUCACCAUUCCAAGAUCGCAAAAUUAGGGCCAACAAAGCAGAGCAAGUGACGUAAAAUCUAAUCUAAACUGUAAACCAGCAGGAAAAGGAAGAGAACUCGUGUAGUCGUAGCCUCUAGCUGGCAUAUUCUCCUCUUCCCCCUUAGGUAGUUAUAGGUCGCACCUUUAUCAGUUUUGUGUUCUUGGUAUGUACAGGGUCAAAUUGCUAAACAUGUGUUUGAAGCACUACGGCCUGCGGCAUUACAGGAUAUCCUCCAGGUAAUUUAGUCACCUCAUCCUACUCAACAAGGUAUUGUAAGUGAACCAAGUACUCUAAAGAACAAUGCAAAUUCUGACUGCCUGUAGUAAUUGUCGUAAAUAACGUUCAACGUGGUCACAGUUUUGGUCAUCAGAUUCUCCCCAACAUGUCGAGGAGCCUUCCUUGAAGUUCUCUCAAUACUUAAAAGAGUUUGGGGAAGAAAUAUCAGUCUCUUCACUCAGCCUGCGCUCAGUGCAGUGCCGAGUGUCACAAUGUUUUAACUGUUCUAUAUUCUGUUUAUUGUUGUAAUACCCACUUCAUGAUGAGCAACAGCAUAAUUCAUCUAAACUGUGUCUCGUUGAUCUUUGACAUCCCUUUUUUGUAUCUUAGAGUCUUAUUCAGGAUGGCUGCAUCGUUAAACACUUAAAGCAAGUGCCACCAAAGAUGGCUCUUUUCACUUCGUCGGAACGGCAAGGUAAGCUGAGGCUUUGAAUAGCUAUACAUCGGAUAAGCCGAGUUCCACGCGCGCGCCAUCUAUCCAUUAGCUUGGUGGUCACGUGACCGCACGUCCUUCCACCCGUCCCUCCGUACCUCAGGGCAACCAAUAUGAAAUCUCACACUUUCUUGCUCUUGUGGGAGGUUGCAACAUGAUGUUGUACACCAAUGCUGUGGUCAAUUGACAGCUGUCAAAACAGGGUAUCCGCUGUCCUAUAUAACAUGAUUGAUCGUGGGCUCAGGUGUCGACCCAUCGUGGUUGGGUGUUUCUUUUUAAGUUAUUUAAGUUACUAGUUUUCAACUGAUCGCAGGCUCAACUCCAAGUGGAUUUCUUUGCAAGUUUGUUUGAAAUGAAUUAUGAAUUUAUUAACGGAAGCGGAAGCUCCUAGCCCGUUGGCUUAAUCUGCAUAUUAAUCACAUUAUUAAUUAGCAAUCUUCUUACUAUAGCUAACGUUUGAGAUUAUUACUUUAUUACUUUACAGAGCCAACUACAACAAUGGCUUACUACACGCCAACAGUUAACUGCAUUUUUAACUUGGCGACAAGCAGAAGGACAGGCUAUACGUGAUGUCUACCGGCUCCCGUAUUUUGACUUCGCAGUGAGACAAGACAGGCAUUGCUGUGUGCAAGGCCGACAUACUUUUUGAGAUGAUAAAAACAUGUUUUAAUAAUUGUCAGAUUUUAGUUACAGGGAG